UCUUCGUCCUUCUUGCUUGGUAAUUGGCAUCUUAACUGCAUUAACGGCGUGGUCCCAAUUUGGUAUGGCCAUCCGGUUUCGGCGCCAACUGGAGCUUCCUAUGCCACGGGAACGAUCGUUAGGAUUCGGAGCAGUGACAAUUCCUGCCGGUAGCUUCUCGAAUCCGAAUUUACAACCAGCCGGCUCUGGGUUCCUUCCCACCAUGAUCAACCCUUUUCCUGGCGUCGGCUUUCAACCGGCAAUUAACCAGCUAGAUCCCAGCGUUUACUCAAACACGGUUGGAUAUCCUUUGCAAACCGGAUAUCCUUUCAACAGCAACAACCUGCAGCAGGGAUAUCCGAUCGUAGCCCGCGCCGGCCACCUGCCGACGACAUCCGCUGCCGCCAACUACGCAGUGCCGGCCGACAGUGCGCUGGUCAAGGCAGCCUACCAGAAACUGGUGUCCGACCGAAUGAACCAGCCGCCAGUCACCUAUCUCACCAGUCCGAGUGAUCAUUCCGCAAAUGCCGGGACCUUCGGAACGCCUAAUCGCACCCCAGUUAGCGUACAGAAGGACAUUCCCGCCCAAAGUCCCUUAGAUCUACCGGCAACAAUGAUUAAUUCCUUUCCAAUGGACAACGAAAGUGCAGCAUCCAGUCCUGCAAAUAUCGGUGUAGUUUCCGUUGACCUGCCGGGAGCGACAAACAUGACCACUCCAUUUCCGGACACAAAUACACCGACCGCUGCUGUCCAUCCUCAGCAUUUAUUGGCUGCUAAGCGACCGAAAGCUAAGAAGCAUAUCAACAGAAAUGGUGACACAACUUUGCACAGUAAUAACAGCUAA